AUAUUUAGCGCAGUUGCAAGUCUUUUUCAGAAACCUUUGCCCAAACCUCCAGUACCAUAUCUCGAUCACACGCUAUCACGAUAUCUCGAAUACGCACGAGUAGUCGCACAUAAUAACAAAGAUGCGAUUAAACGUACUGAAGAAGCAGUCUCACAAUUUCGUAAAACUGGAAUUGACCUCCAAUUAAAACUUCAAAAAUUUGCUGACGGAAAUGAUAAUUGGAUCAAUAAUUUUUGGCUACCUGAGAUGUAUCUGAAAGUGCGACUAGCGCUUCCAGUGAAUUCCAAUCCGGCUUAUAUUUUUCCAGAGCAAAAAUUCGCGAAUAUAAAUGAACAACUGAAAAAGUUGAUUGAUCGAGAAAUGUCAACUGGUAAAAUAAAAGUACCAAUGUGUAUGGAACAAUAUAAUCGUAUUUUGAGUUGUUAUCGUGAACCGCAUAAAAUAGAAGAUAUUCAGCAUUAUAAAAGAAGCGAUAAAAAUACACGUUCUCAGUGGAAUGAGCAUAUUCUUGUGAUGAGCAAUAAUCAAACUUUCAUACUUUUCACACGUGUAGGCGGAAUAUUAUUACCACAAACUGAGAUCAUUUAUCAACUGAGCGAAAUUGUAAGGAUGAGUGAUGGUAGAGCGCAAGAUGUUGUUUUGCCGAUUGCUGGAGGCAGUGUUGGAAAUCGCGAUGAUGCAGCUGCAUUUUGGGAAUUGAUGAAGGAAGUACCAGAAAAUUUGCAAUCGUUGGAUCUCGUGAGAAAGUCACUGUUUGUCGUUUGCAUUGAUAGGCCAAGAAAUUUGAUAAAGUUCCGCAAUGAUCUUGAGUCAAAAAUGGCAAUAAAAGGCUUACAUAUGCUACAUGGCUUUGGAAAAGAAAAUUGGGGUCUUAAUCGUUGGUAUGAUGCAACGAUCCAGAUAAUCAUUUCAAGUGAUGGCACAAAUGGCCUAUGCAUUGAACAUUCAGUUGCUGAAGGCAUUGUCAUAAUAAAUAUGGGAGAAUUCUCGAUCAAUUAUGCUAUGAAGAAUAUGCGCCGCAAAAUCAUCGCUGAACCAAAGGCUAAAAUUCAUCCGAAACCUCUCACUUGGCUUGUAAGCCCUCAAGCAAAAAAUAUUAUGUGGAAGCAAAUCGCCGAAUUCCAAAGGUUAUCGGAGGAUCUGGAAUUAUCUGUAUUAAUUUUUACGGAUUUUGGCAAAGAAUUUAUCAAAUCGUGCCUAAUCAGUCCAGACGGGUUUGUUCAACUCUCUAUGCAGCUUGCUUACUAUAAAGUGCACCAACACCUCGUUUCUACAUACGAAAGUGCAUCAAUCAGACGCUUUCGUUUAGGUCGUGUGGACAAUAUAAGAGCUGCAACUCCUGAAGCUUUGCAGUGGGUGCAGGCCAUGGUUGAUAAAGAUAAGCCAGUGGUUAAACUUUUAAUAUCUCUUUUUCCAGUAAUUUACAUCACUAAUAUAACUGGACAUGGUAUUGAUAAUCAUUUAUGUGCAUUGAAACUACUUGCAAUCGAGGAAAUGAAACAGGGACGCCUGGAGAAAUUGCCAUCAAUUUUUCAAGAUUCUGUAUGGGAUGAAACUAUGCGAUUUCCGUUAUCGACGAGUCAGGUGACAACAACUACCACUGCUCCCGACGUAUAUUUGUGUUAUGGACCCGUCGUUAAAGAUGGCUACGGUUGCUCUUAUAAUCUUCAAUCGAAUAAAAUAAUAUUCGCCCCAUCUGCAUUUCGAAGUUGUUCAAAGACGAAAAUUGACAGCUUCAAAGCUGCUUUAACGGAAUCAUUAAGAGAUAUGCGAGCAAUAAUAUAA